UUCAAAAAAAUGACGAGGAUCAGAGAAGAUCACAGAAACAAUGUCCGCGAUACUCCCUUUCCUGUUGACCUUCCUCGCACUCUCUCAAGCCCAACCGUACUCCGAUGAUCCACCGCCGCCCUCCUCCACCGUAUGCAUCGUCGGCGCCGGCAUCGGCGGCUCUUCGGUCGCCCAUUUCCUCCGCAAAUACUCGCCGGACUCCAGUCGCGCCACCAAAAUCCGAGUGUUCGAGCGCAACGGCGUCGUAGGGGGCCGCAUAGCCACCGUGACGGUGGCGGGCGAGACCUUCGAGGCCGGAGCGUCCAUUCUCCAUCCGAAGAACCUGCACGCAGUGGAUUACACGAAGAUUCUGAACCUCAAGGUGAAAGAGCCUGGUUCGGAUUCCCUCUCUCUAGGCAUUUGGAACGGGAACGACUUCGUUUUCAAAACGAUUAAGCUCAGUUGCAAUGUUCCCCUCAUCGAUAAGCUCCUUAAACUUCCGAUUACCAAUACUCUCGUUUCGCUCGUUAAUUCCGCCCUCAUGUUCGUGCGCUAUGGAUUCUCGCUUCUUAAGAUGCAAAACUUCGUUGAGAAUACUGUGGAGAAAUUCUUGAAGUACUAUGAGGGACAUGAUUCGCGACCUGUUUUUGAGACUGUGGAUGAGAUGCUGCAAUGGGCUGGUCUGUAUAAUCUUACUACCAGGACUUUGCAAGAUGAACUGGUGGAUGCUGGGUUGUCUACCUCUUUGAUCAAUGAACUUGUCACUGUCAUCACACGUGUUAAUUAUGGCCAGAGUGUCUACAUGAGUGGGCUGGCUGGUGCGGUUUCUCUGGCAGGAUCAGGUGCAGGAUUAUGGUCCAUCGAAGGAGGCAACUGGCAAAUGGCUGCUGGACUUAUUAAUCAGUCAGUUGUUGCACUACACCUGCAUGAAGAAAUAAGGUCUGUUGCUGACCUCGGAGAUUAUUAUGAACUCAACUCAACAAAAGGAAAAAGUUACAAAUGUGAAGUUGCUGUGGUUGCUACACCAUUGGAUGAGUUGGAUAUUCAAUUUUUUCCCCCAAUUUCAAUUCCUGAGAGAAAAUUACAGCACACACAUACAACUUUUGUCAGGGGCCUUCUAAACCCUGCAUAUUUUGGUCUCAAGGCUGUGACAAAAAUUCCAGAUCUUGUGGGCACAAUAGAGGAUCCUAACAUUCCAUUUUCAAGCAUUUCAGUUCUCAAAAAGCACAAUGAAAAAGAAUCCUCUUAUAAAAUAUUUUCUCGGCAGCCAAUGGCAGACACAUUACUGGAUAGCAUAUUCAGUGUGAGGAAGGAGACCAUUCGGAUAAACUGGGCUGCAUAUCCUCAUUACCAUGCCCCAGAAGUAUUUGCACCAUUUAUAUUGGACAGGCGGCAUCUAUACUACGUAAAUGCAUUUGAAAAUGCAGCUAGCACCAUGGAGACAAGUGCCGUGGCAGCUGAGAAUAUCGCCCGACUCAUACUCUCAAGAUAUUUUGGCAAAGUAAUUGUGCAUUCAUCUAAUAUGUCUGCAAGUUCUCAAGGAGAGGGUACUCAUUUAGAUUUGUGAUGGUGUAAGAUAUUGUUAGUUUGGGUGAUGUUAGAAAGAUUUAAUAUAAAUUGCGUCUGGAAAUUUGGAAAGGCAAAUCAUACAAUGUAUAAAUACUGGUCAAUAAAGAAUUACUCUCUCCACUAAUAAAGCCAACACAGUUGCCUGCUUAUGAAAGAAAUGUUGGGAGUGGUAAAUCUCAAUUUGACAUAAUGCUUACACAUUGAAGGGAUUAGCCUCACUGUUGACUGGAGAUACCCUCGAUGCAUACAACAUACACAAAAAAAAUACUCUCACCCUUUGUAUUUUAUUAUUUUAUUAAUGGACAGUGUGUGAAUGUUAAGAUUCCAAUAUUUUCAAGGAGGAUUCCUUCAUGUUUGCUAAUGUAAUAUGCAGGGGUUCUUUUCCCA